GAAACCUCUUGUCGUCUGCUCCUGCUCUCGUUAACAGCAAUUUAGCAUGUGGGACUGUACUUGAUCUUUCAAUUGGCUGGAGGCUGUUGUCAAGCAGUGAUCCUGAAGUCUACUAGAUUUUCAUUAUGGCCAUCGUCGGAAUAGGAUCGCUUCUCAUCAAGAGGAGUGCGUUCAGUCUGAUGCAAAGAAACAUGUCUUUGCUUCGUGACAAAGCAUUUGUGAAUGGAGAAUGGAUCACUUCAAAGAAAGGAAAAAGCUUCGAUGUAAUAAACCCCACUGAUGGAAGUGUUAUUGGGCAAGUGCCUGACAUGGAUGUUGAAGAUACAAAGGCAGCCAUUGAUUCUGCACACAGCGCAUUCAAGCCAUGGGCAAGCACCACCGCAAAGGAGAGGUCCAAUUUGCUGCGUAAAUGGUUCAAUUUACUUGAAGAAAACAAGGAGGAAUUGGCCCGUUUAGUCAGCAUUGAGGCGGGUAAACCAUUCAAAGAGUCACUCGGCGAAGUUUUCUAUGGGAACUCUUUUAUUGAAUGGUUCUCUGAGGAAGCGCGUAGGAUUAAUGGAGAAAUUGCAGCCAGCCCUGCUAAAUCCAAGGAAAUGCUUUUCAUUAGGCAACCUAUUGGGGUUGCUGCCCUCAUCACACCUUGGAAUUUUCCUCAUGCAAUGAUAACAAGGAAAGCUGGAGCCGCUUUGGCUGCAGGCUGCACAUGUGUGAUUAAACCUGCAGAGGACACUCCUCUUACAGCACUUGCAUUAGCUCAAUUGGCCCAUGAUGCGGGUAUCCCUAAGGGAGUGCUGAAUGUAAUCACGGCAAGUCGAGACAAUGCUGCACCUAUGGGAAAAAUUUUAUGCGAAAGUCCUCUUGUUCGAGGACUCUCUUUCACAGGCUCCACUGCUGUUGGAAAGAUUCUCUACCAACAGUGUGCCUCAGGAAUCAAAAGGGUUUCCCUGGAACUUGGAGGCAAUGCACCGUUCAUUGUUUUCAAGUCAGCAAACCUGGAUCAAGCUGUUGUAGGGGCAAUGGCAUCCAAGUUUAGGAAUUGUGGUCAAACAUGUGUAAGUGCCAACAGGUUCCUCAUUGAAGAAUCUGUCUUUGACCAGUUUGUAGAGAAGCUGAAGGUUGCAAUGAAGACCGAACUGAAGCAAGGAACUGGCGAGAGCUGUAACACUGGUCCCUUAAUAAACGUCACUCAACUGCAGCGGGUGGACAACAUCGUGCAAGAUGCAGUGAAGAAGGGGGCCACAGUUCAUCUUGGAGGAGGUCCAGCUAAAGAAUUGGGAGAAAGGUGGUACCAACCUACUCUGCUGACUAAUAUCAAAUCAGACAUGCUUUGUUACCGUGAAGAAAUUUUUGGACCAGUUGUUGCCUGUAUUAAGUUUAAAUCUGAGGAAGAAGGCCUGAAGAUUGCAAAUGACACACCAGUGGGAUUGGCUGGAUACUUCUUCAGUGGCGAUAUUGCCCAAUGUUGGCGAGUUGGUAAGGCACUUGAAGUUGGUAUGGUUGGAAUUAAUGAGGGAAUGAUUUCUAGCACUGAAGCAGCUUUUGGAGGAAUCAAAGAAUCUGGCAUUGGACGUGAAGGCUCCCACCAUGGUAUUGAGGAGUAUACUGAUGUGAAAUACAUGUGCUUUGGCAACCUUUGAAUUCUGAAAGGAUGCGGAUAUGCUUUUAAACCUGUGUCAUUUUCAAGUUAAUUUACUACUUUGAUUUUUUUAACAAAAUUGUGAAUGAAUUAUAUUGUUUUUAGUGCACUAUCAAAAAGGGGAGGGGGGAAUCUUUGAUGUUUGAUUCGGCAAUCUUAUACUAGUCAUGAAAUUAUUUGCCAUUUUGUAAUUGUUAUUAUUACUUUUACCAUUCCAUUCAAAGCUUGGUGUAUCCACACACAUCAUGUGGAUCCACAUCAUGUAUUCCCAAGUAGACCUUCUUGGUUCAUCUCUAUUUAUAGUGAGGCUUCCAUUAUGAAGCCCAUGUACAAAGUAUUUUAGAAAUGUGUGUGAUUUGUAUUAUCUAAACAGCCAUGUAUUUUUCAAUAACAAGCGCUUAUGCUCUGGCUAUGUAUUAGAGAGCUCUGCAGUUAAGGGUAAUGAUGUCUUUCCAUCAAUGAAUCAAUGUCUUCCAAUCUAUGUCUUCCAAUGCAACAUGUCUUCCAUUCAGUGCCAUUUCUAUUGAAAUAUUUUAUUAUAAGGCGUGAGUUACGAGGUGAGAGUGAUGUAAAAUAAAGUAGUACAGAAAAAAGGAUGACUAUUAUUUCUCAGUGAAAAAAGAAUACAGUGCAAUGAGUAAGGGUA